UUUCGCUGUCCGCCGAUCGCUGCAGCGUGGCCGGCUUCAAAACGUUUGCGUCUGCAGCUGUGUGAUCGAUCUCGCGUCGCUCACUUUUCAAAGAGGAGCACGAUGAGGUGCCUCGUGAUACUGAUUGCUGUCGCCGUUUGCGCGCAGCCUGCCUUGAGCGGCGAAGAGGAACUCAAAGUCGAAGUCGUAAAAAGUACCGAGAACUGCAGCCGCAAGAGCAAAAAGGGAGACAUCCUGUCGAUGCACUACACUGGCACUCUACUAGACGGCAAGGAGUUUGACUCCAGCCGCCAACGGAACGAGCCGUUCCGCUUCCAGAUCGGCUUGGGCCAGGUGAUCAAGGGCUGGGACCAGGGCUUGCUCGACAUGUGCGUGGGCGACAAGCGCAAGCUGACCGUGCCCCCGUCGCUGGGCUACGGUGAGGCGGGCGCCGGAGACCGCAUUCCGCCUGGCUCGACGCUCGUCUUCGAGACCGAGCUCACCAAGAUCGAGGACGGCCCGCCGCCCGUCAACGUCUUCAAGCAGAUCGACAGCGACCAAGACGAGCAGCUGACGCGCGAAGAGAUCAGCAAAUACCUGAAAGAACAACUCCCAGCCGCACAGGCUGCUGGACUCAAGGACCUGCCAGACACGGACAAGAUGGUAGAGGAGAUCUUCCAGCACGAGGACAAGGAUCGUGACGGCGUCAUCUCCAAGGAGGAGUUCAGCGGCCCCAAACACGACGAGCUCUAACCGUGCCUUCCUUGCAACUAUCCGUCUUGAGUCAGUGCGAACACGGGACAUGACAACAGCAUGCAGCAUCCAUUUCCAAGGUGCCCAUUUGUCAAAGCGCACGUGCACUUCAAAACGGGCGUUAAAUGUUAAACUUCUAGCUAAACUUCACUAGUGCCUAACUCACCAAUGUACGUGCCAACCAAAAACUCAUCUCUGGGGGGGAAAAAAAAGGAACAAAUCAUGUGGCAGCUACAGCCACAUCCAUUGCUCAGUUUUGUACUCGUGAAAACGUCCCUCCUGAUGAUUGAACACCUUCUUAUCUACCUUUUGACAUGUUGCUUUAGUGGUGACUAGAAUGUUUUAGCAUAACUGAGGCGUACUCACAUAGGCGUAAGUUGAAGGCGCAGAGGCAUGCAGCAAUGUUAGGAGUGACACCAUGUUCAACAAAAGCAUGCAUUGUUUUUCGUGCAAUAACUGACUGUGUUCCAUGUAUUUGAAGAUGCUAAUGUGUCAAAGCGACUUAAUCAUUGCGAAGAUAUUCUAGUACGUUUACGGACAAGUUUUGCAAGACAAGAUUUUUAUAGAAGGGACAGGACAUACACCAACUACCAACUGAAGUAUAUCCACAGAAUACAUUCACAUUUAAGCGCAUUGUGCCAUCAUGAAUGACUGACUGAAUUUUUCGUUGCAUCAUUCCUAGUGCCACAUGGCAGUGAUCGGAUAUGCAAAACUCCAACAUGAACGACCAACUAGAUCAAAACAAGAUUCUGCUUGAAGAAUAUCAUAUAUUGCGGUAUAAAUCGACCACACAGCGCCACAGUGUGUCGCCACGUUCACUAUCAGAUGCACUUUCCAGCAUUCCUGUGCAACGUCUGUGCUAGUAAGUCUCUGUUGUGCUAACUUUAUCGCUCUACAUAGGCCAAAAGUUAUACAAUAUUGUGAAAUGUUGAACCUCCUUCCCCUUAGGCGUGCGCACUGUCUUUUACACUCUACAAGCAACAGCUUGAAAACCUGGUGAAAUUGUUGUUUGGUGCUAUUUUGCACACUGCAACAACAUUAUACAUAAAGAUACAUGUACAUUAUUUAUACACCUGUUUAGCUUUUUAUGAGUCAAUUUAGGACACAUAUUGUGGCUGUUUAACAAAUGAAUGGAGCAAAUUGCAACGCUAACGUUUUACAAGAAACAAAUAUUUGCAGAUCGAGUAUGCAUCCUAUACACAUAUUUUUUUUGUCUAGCAUGUAUUUAUUGCUGCUUAUGGCACCUAUGUUUUCAUAUGUAUAUCGCAUGACUAUGUUCACAACUUUGUUAAACUUCUAAAUAGGCCUUUGUUUUUGUCAAUAAAGUCUUU